GCAGCGCCGGACGAGAUGAGGAGCGGCCGAGAGCGGACAAGAUGCGCUGCCGGCUCCCGAGCCCCGGCUGUCUGAUCACCCUGCUGACGGCGGCGAGCAUCCUACCCCCGGGAGAGCCUUACUUCGGAUUGACCGGGAAGGAGCCGCUCUCCGUGCUUUCGAAUCCGGUGCCAGAAGAUUCGGGCUCUGGGAAGGUUCACCUGAAACAGUGUGACAGCUUGAAGCUGUUCCGUCGCCAGAAGCGGCUGUGCCGGAGGGAGCCCGGUUUGGCUGAGGGGCUGCGGGACGCGAUCCGCCUCAGCGCGCUCGAGUGCCGCUACCAGUUCAGGACGGAGCGCUGGAACUGCAGCCUGGAGGGCAGGGCGAGUCUCCUCAAACGGGGUUUUAAGGAGACAGCCUUCCUGUUCGCUAUCUCUUCAGCUGGACUUACACAUUCCUUGGCCAAGGCUUGUAGCUCAGGCCGCAUGGAGCGCUGUACCUGUGAUGAGUCCCCGGACCUGGAGAACCGAGAAGCAUGGCAGUGGGGUGGCUGUGGGGACAAUCUCAAGUACAGCAUUAAAUUUAUCAAGCACUUCCUGGGACAGAGGAAAGCCAGCAAGGACCUGAGGGCCAGGGUUGAUAUGCACAAUACCAAUGUGGGCAUCAAGGCUGUGAAAAGUGGUUUGAAGACCACAUGUAAAUGCCACGGUGUCUCGGGGUCCUGUGCAGUUAGAACGUGCUGGAAGCAACUCGCAUCCUUUCAUGAAACAGGAAAGCUUCUCAAGCUCAAAUAUGAAACUGCAGUUAGAGUUCACAGCAUCACUAAUGAUGCCACAGGAGAAACUGAGCUCAUCAGUCCCAAAAAGCACAGUUACACCAUAAAGAACCACAUCCCAAGGACUACAGAUCUCGUUUACAUCGAGGAGUCCCCGAGUUUCUGUCGACCGAGUAAAUACUCUCCAGGGACUGCGGGCAGGGUCUGCUCGAAGGAGACAAACUGUGAAAGUAUGUGCUGUGGCCAGGGUUAUAACACCCAGAGUCUCCUGGUGCAUAGGCCCUGCCACUGUCAGGUGCAGUGGUGCUGCUAUGUGGAAUGCCAGCAAUGUUCUCAAAGAGAAGAGAUUUACACUUGCAAACACUAACAAUAAGAAAUUAACGCAACGCCACAAAGACAGCAGAGGACAAGAAGAUACAAUCAUGACGCCUGCCUUGUCGUCUCUUGUAAUGAUGAGACAAACUUAUGUAAACCCAGGAAAGAGACAUGUGAGAGGCUAGAGCUAAGUUUCAUUGACCCCAUUACUGAAAAUACAAGCAUUUAGAAUUUAAAAAAACCUUAUUUCAGAAGAUUUUUACACAGGUCUCUUUAUUCAGGAAAUUCGGAUCUAUCCAACUGUUAGAACAGUCCAAAGUGUGUGCUGAGAUUUCACAUCGACUGUUACAGUUGGCCAAAUUGAUGGAAGCCACAUGAGAUGGUUUUAGAAUGCUCUCAUUCAUUUCAUUUCAGUUAAAGAGUGACCAGUAAAUAAAUAAUGACCCACAAAGGUAUUUUGACUGAUUAAACAUGUUCCCUUUGAAAUUGUGGGUGCAGUACUGGGGAACAGGUGAAACUACUUUUUAUCCUUGGGCCAAUCCUAUAAGGAGUGCAAACAAAACCUCCUAUGAUACAGGGUGGGAGAGGGACUGCAACUUCCUCUGCCCAUCAUUGUUCAAAGGAGCCUUCACCUCGCAGUCAGAUUGAUGUUGUUGUUUAACCUGUGCUCAAGUUUUGAACCAACAUACCCCCAGGACAGCAUUAACCUUUAUCUGGGUUUGGCCCUGUGUUCCUUCUGCUGUUCUGCCACUCAGUCAUCUGCAUAGCGUGCUGUUAUUGAAAUACAGGCACAAUGAGUAAUGUUCGCUGAAGCUACAAAUUCCUGGCUAGUGAUCACAAUGUCCUGAGGGUGAAAUGACUGCGUAUUGACAGACUCUCACAAGCCUUUCAAAAAUAAUCAAUAGUUAACAAAAUGUAGAACAAGGCAAUAUAACUUUUAGCAAAAGAAAAUGCAAAUCUUAAAAAUCAAACCUGUCUAUAAAUCUUGCUUAAUCUAAAUCCUGUUCUCAUGCUGCCGUGUGUGAAUAGCUAGACCCAUUCCCAGAAGAGGGACAUCAAGCCCAAAUUUUGUAGUGAGUUGGGAAAUGCCUGCUUUUACUUUUGACAUUAAGGAAAUCUGCCCACAAGAACCUAGUGAUUUCUGUGAUGUGGAUUUCACAUUUCCAGGCAUGCAUUUUUUUGAUUCUGGCAUCAACUCUAGAAGAUCAUUUGCAUUUAGUAAUAGUGAGUAUCAUCAAGCAGGCUAAGUGGCCUAUAAUACUAAACUUCUCUCACAGACAGCAAAACAGGAAGUAAAAUGCACUGAGUGUUCAAUGCUUCUCAACCAUUUUACAGAGAAUGAAAUAAAAAUUGAUACAUACACAUGGGAUUAAGCUAAAAAGUGAAAUAAACUUUAAAACAAAAAUUACUUUUAGUUACCAUUAAAACUUGUGGAACUUUUAUCAUAAUGGAGAAAUUUUACAUGCUACAAAUGAGAUUUGUUUUUCAGGAUCAGAGAUGCUGCUUAUAAAUAAUUAUGAUCUAGGAUGGAGAUGAGGAGACAUUUCUUCACCCAAAGAGUGGUGAGCCUGUGGAAUUCAUUACCACAGGAAAUAAUUGAUGCCAAAACAUUGAAAAGAUAUAGCACUUGUGGUGAAUGGGAUCAAGGUUUGUGGGGAGAAAGUAGAAUUAGGCUAUUGAGUUGGAUGAUCAGCCACGCUUGUGAAGAAAGGUGAUACAGGCUUGAAAGUCUGAAUGGCCUCCUCCUGCUCCUAUCUUCUAUGUUUGUAUGAGUUUUCAUGUUGUUAAAAAAGUACAAUUACGUCUCAUUCAACAAAGCAUAGUAUAUUUGAACGGUGUUUAAAGUGAGAUUAACUUGUAAAAGCUGGAAGUUAAUGUAAAUUCAAAUAACUUCCAAAGAUUUCCUUCCUCAGGAUUUCAAUAGUGCGUCCUGAGAUGGAAAAGGGAAUAUCUGCAGCAAUGUCUGGACUUCUGCAUUGAACUCUGCAUAUCUAGAUCCUGGAACCUGCUGUCAUUCUUACAGUUUCAAUGACAGUAAAUGAUGGCAGUUUCAUUAUCAUCACCAAAACUACCACAUUUGGGAAAUUGUCUCAAACAUAGAAGAUUAGGAACGACCUAGCAAACACAACAAAACUAGCCUUUUCUUGAUCACAACUAUUCUCACGUUAUUUCCCAAUCCCACUGUCUUAAAAUGACCUCUAUUAUGUCCUUCACCCGACAUGUGACAGCACGGUGGCUCAGCGGUUAGCACUGCUGCCACAAUGCCACAACUGAGGGUUUGAUUCCAGCUUCAGGCGACUGUUGUGUGGAGUUUGCACAUUCUCCCUGUGUCUGCAUGGGCUUCCUCUGGGUGCUGUGGUUUUCCCCACAGUCCAAAGAUGUGCAGGUUAAGUGGAUUGGCCAUGCUAAAUUGCCCAUAGUGUCUAUGGAUGUGCAGGUUAGGUGGAUUAGUCAUGAGAAAUGCAGGGUUACAGAAUAGAAUAAGAUGGCAGUUCUGAGUGUGGUGCUUGAUGGAGGUUUGGUGUGGACUUGAUGGGCUGAAUGGCCUGCUUCCACACUAUAGGGAUUCUAUGUGUGUUGACGAUUGGGGGAAAAUAUUCUGCUUGAAUUUCCUAUCAACCUACUCACUUUUACACUUGUAUUCAAGAAAAUCAGUACAUUGGGCAAAGCAUAUGUAGCUACUUUACAAAUUCUUUCCUUACUUUCAAAAAUGUUUUCUUUUUGUCGAAGAAACCAAGAUCAACAUUGUGAAUAUUUCUUUUUUACUUAAUCGUACUCAAACUGAAAAUGGAAAGCGUAUUCAUGUGCAGCUUACUUCAGACUCAGGUGCUGCCAGGAGUCCUCCUGUAUCAUGACCAUCAAAGAUAUAACCACAAGCUGACAAAAGUAGUGAUGAGAGCCUGGAAAGGAGAGAUACUAGCCUUUUUAAAAAUUAAGAUAUAUUAUUUAAAAUAUGGCAAUUGGUGCAUGUCUAUAAUGUAAAUAUUGAUGUUUAUUUUACAAGUUUUUACAGACUACUGUAAGAAGCUUAAAGUUUAUUUUUUAAUCUAAACUGGAAUAGAUGUGUUUCUACUAACAGACCUAGCUUAGGAAAUAACCUUGCCCCUGAAUACUAAUGGUGAUGUUGAAAAAAAACUGCAUCAAAGUAUGUUUUUACAGAAGUGUGUAUUUGGUAUGCAGUGGAGAUACAAAACUUGAAGAAUAAUUCACAAGGACUUCUUCAUGCAUUGGUCUAGUGACAAGUGCAGUAUUAGUGUAUUCUGCACAUUCAUAUUGCUGUUUGAUUCUGUUGCCAAGCAUUUUAAGAUGCAUUUUUAUCUGCUGCAGGAAGAAAACUGUAGAUAUUUCCUUUGUCAGGUUCGAAGUGGGGUCCCGACCCAAAACGUCAGCUUCCUGCUCCCCUGAUGCUGCCUGGCCUGCUGUGUUCCUCCAGCUCCAUGUCGAGUUAUCUCUGGCUCCAGCAUCUGCAAUUCUUACGAUUUCAAAGUGGGUCUGUUGGAUUGUAUACGUCCUUCAGUUAUUCUUAAGUGUAUAACAGGCACUGAGAAAUGUUACUGCAGGGGCAGCGAGGUGACUCAGUGGCUAGUACUGCUGCCUCACAGCACUAGGGACCCAGUUUCAAUUCCACUCUCAGACAACUGUCCAUGUGAAGUUUGCAUAUCCUCCCCAUGUCUGCACGAGCUUUCCUCCAGUUGCCUCACGCAGUAUAAAACUGUGUAGAUUAGGUGGCUUGGCCACACUAAAUUGCCUCAUAAUAUCCAGAAUUGUGUAGGCUAGGUGGAUUAGCCAUGGGAAACACGGGGUUACAGGGAUGUAGUGGGUCUGGGUGGGUUUCUGUUCAGAGGGCCAGUGUGGAUUCAAUGAGCCAAAUAGCCUGCACCCACACUGUAGGGAUUCCAUGAUUUCUUUCAAAGUGCCUGUGAUCUACUGAAGAAUAACUGAGGGAUGUAUAUCACCCAACAGACCCACUUUGAACCUAGCAAAGGAGAUAUCUGCACUUCUCUCAGCAAAGCGAGAUAGCAAUGCUUUGUGUUGAAUUUUCGCUGAGUGCUGUUUUUUAUUUUUAGCUUCAUGGCUAAUAAAUUUGUGUAAAAUCCUUUCACCAUGAACCCACAGUGACAGUUGUGAAUACCAUCUUCCAAACCUGUGGCCUCUAACACCAAGAAGGAUAAGGGCAGCAGAUGUGUAGGAACUGCCACUUGCAAUGUCCCUCCAAGCCAUAGACAACCCUAACUUGGUAGUAUAUCACCAUGCCUUCACUGUCAUGGGUUCAAGCCAUGGAACUCCCUCCCUAACAGCACCAAGGGUGACCCUUCACCCCGAAGACUGUAGCUGCCCAAGAAGGCAUUCACCAACACCCUCAGAAGCUUUCAGAAUGUUGCUGCUUCAUCUGAAAAAUGAGCAGCACUCCAAAAGCUAGUGAAUUCAAAUAAACCUGUUGGAUUAUAAUCUGGUGUUAACUUCUGACCCUGUCCACUCCAGUCCAACACCAGUACCUCCACAUCCUCUACAGGGCAAUCAAUGAUGGACAAUUAAUGAUGGCUUAGUGCUCACAUCCUAAAAAUUCAUUAAAAAAAGCUGUUGUAAUAAAUUAUAUUUUUGAAAUAAAUUGGGUAUAGCCACGACAGUAACAAGUGCACUUGUAUAGUGCCCUGACACUGUUACAAUGUUCUUGGACUAUGUCGCAAUGAUACAAUUGGGAGUCAGUUGCAAACACGUCAACAGUGUACUUUAAGCAGUGUUGAUUGGAAAAUAAGCCCCAAUGCUUUAAAAAAAGGUUGAUUUAUCCCCCAUUGAAAUAAACAGUAAAUGGAAUAUGGAAGGUCACGAUGCCUCCCUGGCAGUGUGUCAUGCCAAGCAUGCUAUCAUAAGAUGAGAAAUUCCAUGCAGUUAAAUAAGAAGCACCAAGCCAGGCAGUGUGAUAUCGCAGUUAACUUGUUGUUGGACCUCCAUGACCGAAGGUUUAUGAAAUAGAAAACACUUCAUGACGAAGCUUGUUUAUGUAUCCCAAUGCAAUUGCAAAUUUGUGAAAAGAAGUCUCAUAGAAUAUUGUGGCCUGUUUGACAUACUUCAUUGAUGCAAAAAAAAGUUCCAUUAAAGAUUCUGGGGCCGAACUCAUUGCUUUAUUAAUUUAUCUGUUGAUGCUCUAAGGGAAAAUAAAAUUAUUUUUCUACCUCAUGUGUACAGCUUGUAGGUAAAUAAAAUCUUAAAAUGUAUUUAAGUUAUUUAUCAUCUUUAUAUAACAGAAAGAGAAAAUCCUUUUGGAUCAUUUUGGGCAGUGGCAGCACAUUUUUCAUAUUUGUGUUCAAUGUGUGUUUCUUCUGCUUUUUCUAUUUUAUUAUUUAUACCUUAUUUCCUGAUGGUUGAAAAGCAGGUUUCAUAUAAUUAUAGAACAAGUUGCACUAAUGUUUCUCAGCUUU